UCUUCAAGCUAAUUUUAAUUCCAAUCCAAAACCAAUGCGAUUCCAAUGUCAAUUUUGCAGUCACGUGAUCCGGUACUCUUGAAUACAAUAUUGUCAGCAUUGGAUUGAAAUCGGGAUUGCCCCGAGAUUGUUUUGUUAGAAGUGAAGUUAGCUACGUUACGGGCUGCUCGAGUGUUGUUCAAGUCUUGACGAUUAACCGGUAAUAGGUCUUUAAAAUGCUAUAUCUUUUUAAUAACAAAACUGAUUUAUAAUAUGUGAUAUAAAUAAUUGUUAAUUUAAAUAAUUUUAAUGUUUCCAAUACAUUGGGAGUAAAAAAAAUUAAAAUUAUUAAAUCAACCACGGCUUUGGCUGUAUGCGGAAGAAUCGUUGCCUACACUGUUUAAAAAAUGUCAAGUGGCGCGUAAAGUUACCAAAUUUUAAUUUGAUGUGGUUCUGUGAGUGGAGUGCGAGUUAGUUGGAACAUUAAAAUUGCAUUAAGUUCCUUUUAUUAUUAAAAUAAUUUGUGUCCGUUAAGUUACUUAAAUAGAUAAAAGUAAAGUUUUAAAGAAGUGCUAAAAUGACGAAUCGACCAACGUAUUCUCAAAUAGAAUGUUUGGUGGAAUUCCUGGAGCAAAAUCCAGGCAUAGCCAAAGGCUUGCUUCGGACCAGUCAAGCCAAAUUGGAAACGAAGCGAAAAUGGGCAAGCUUGGCAACCUCCUUGAAUUCUAUUGGAGGUGCUAAUAAAGAUGGUCAAGGCUGGGCUAAAUAUUGGGCUGAGAAGAAAUGUGGUUUGAAGAAACAGUGCGCACAACUCUCAUCUUCAAUGAGGCGCACUGGUGGUGGGACAGCAGACAACUUGCCAACAUUGUCUGCUCUAGAUAAAAGGUUGGUGGCAGUGAUGGGUGGACAAGAGUUUGCGACUGGCAACUCAAGCUUGGCAGUCAAUCCAUUUCCUGAAUUGCCGAGAUCUGUUGGUACAGAACCACAGGUUGUUGAAGAAGAGGUAAGCCACCAUGACGUCAUGGAAAUGCAGUUCGAGCAACCGGUGCAUGUUUCCCCUAUACUUGGCACAUCACAUAGUGAAAUAAUACCAGAAACCAUAAUACCUGUGACCACGCCACUACAGACUACGCCUCUGUUGAGUAACAAUCCUCCACGACGGCGACGCCGGUCUUUAACUCAGAGGCAGGAUACAGUGACGAUGGAACGGUUUGCCAUGAUGGAAGAGCGACGGAUUGAAGCCGAAACGACAACAGCCCAAGCAUUAGUUCAACUGUCACAACAAAUUGGCAAUAUUGCAAGGGCUUUAACAUCUAUAGCUACAGCAAUUUCAGACGUAGCCAGAAAAAUGCCAGAACCUUAAGAAAGGCAUCUUAACAAUUUUUUUUUUCAGCAAAGACCUCCCUUAGAUUUUUUUUAUGUAUUAAAUCGUAAAAAUACUAGUUAAACAUGCUAGUUAAAUGAAGAUUCCUAAAAUGUUCGUAAUCAAGCAAAAUGUUCAUAAAAAAUAAACAAAAAGUUCUUCCUAAAACGCUGUCAGCUGUUGUCUCUAAAAUAAAUGUAUAAGGUAUAGAUUAGGUUAUAGUAGGUAAUUAAAAGAUUUAUUUUAUU